CUACCGUCGGAGCUCAUCGCUGAGAUAGUCACUCACUGUUCAACCGGUGGCUAUCGAAAGUCAAAAUCAAGUCUUGUACCGUAUGCAUUGAUCUCGAAACAAUGGCAAUACGUUGUCGAACAACGCAUCUUUAGCUCGAUCGAGACCAAAAGCUCUGAGUUGAAGGCGUUUGCAGCUAUAUAUGGCGCCGAUGCGGCUCGCUCACCCCGAAGGUCCGCUCUGCAACGAGUUGAAUACUACAUGGAGUCCGUAUCAGGGAUUGAUGAGGCGCUGCGCUCGAGUUCUGCGUCCGAAAGAGCGGCUGUUAGACGACGGAACCCUGAUGCUGCUUUCCAAAGUCUUGAAGAACUGUACAUCACCUUAAGAACUUGGUUUUCUAUGGAAAGACCAAUCACUCUCGAGAUACAUGUCCCACGAGAAAUUAGUUUGCCAACAGCUUCACUGGAUACUGUUUCUAGGACCGAGCUCGUCAAGCAAUUCGUUAUGGACAGCAGGACCGUGCGGACCGCGGCCUUGAUGACUUCACUUGCUUCUCAGAUGGUCGGCUUGCAGGAAAUNCGAUGGGAUCUGGACGACUGGGACGUGGGUAUAAACUUGGUAGUUCGGCGUAAAAAACCGCUACGUCGCACCCAGCAUCCUGCUUCCGCACGAUCCGGUAGACCAUCUAAGCCAGGCUAUCUAGCGAUUGUUGCUAAUGACCAAAUUGAGAACUUUCAACCACCGCGAUAUUGUUCUUUCAGCACAAUUCUUGCAACCAUCGAGUUUAGCUACAUGGUCCAGCCUCAGUCAUUCAGAGAUCAAUCUUCACCCAACUUCUGCAGAUGGCGGAUGGCUCUU